AUGAUAUUCGAUAACAAUACAAGUGAAUCAUUGUAUUCACAAAAUCCAGCAGAAAUUUUAUCAAAUCUUUAUUUAUCUUCUUAUAAACCAGCACAAGACUUGAUUCUCUUGAAACAAUUACAAAUCAAUUAUAUUCUCAAUUUAACCGGUUAUGAACAUAAUUCAAAUAAACUUCGCUUCGAAUUUGAUUAUCCACCUGAAAUUACAGUUAAACAUAUUAUAAUGGCUGAUGAAAUGAAAGUUAAAUUAUCUGAUCAUUUAAAUGAAGCAGUUGAGUUCAUUCAUAAUAAUAUUCAUAACAGUCCUUCUAAUAAACUUCUUGUACAUUGUGAAGCAGGAAUUAGUCGUUCUCCUACGAUAGUUAUUGCAUAUUUAAUGCGAUAUCAUAAUUACUCUCUUAAAACUGCCUAUAAUUAUGUGAAACAACGAAAGAACAAUAUAGGUCCUCAUGCUAGUUUUUUCGAACAAUUAAUUCAGUUUGAACAACAAUACAAGAAUACUCUUAUACCAUCAAUAUGUUUACAUGAUUAUUUAAUAGAACAAAUGUUAGAAGGUGCAGCUGUUGGAUUUACUCGCGAUGAAAUAUCAUUAGCAUUAAAGAAAACAAAUAAUCAAGUUAAUCAAGCAUAUAAUUUAUUAUUUUCGAGUAGAAAUUGA